UUUGUAAGAAAACUACAUUUGAUUCAAAGUCACUUUGUUUUCUCACUGUUUUCAGGACCAAGGCCGUGCCACAGAUAUCAGGAAAAGUUAAAGUCAAAUGCAAAAGAGAUGUCAAAUAAGUUUUGGGGAGAAAGUCAAAAGCUGUUUGGAGGAAACAAGAAGCCUGAUCUGUCGUACGCAACACUUGUAUUAGACACAGACGAAAGUGUUUCUCCAUCUAAAAUAAAGAAAGUGAAGAAAAAGAAAAGCAAGCUGAGUCGCCCUAAAAAGAUGAGAAAAUACAUCCCUGAGGAGAAACCAGACAUUCCCCCCAGUGAGCUGCUGGAAACGGAUAAAAACAUACUCUUGGUUGGAAAACCUGGAAUUGGAAAGACAGCACUGACUCAUGAAAUGCUGAGACUCUGGGCAGAAAGAGAAAGCAAAGAGCCUGAUUACAUGUUUUACUUUGACAUGAGGGAAAUAUCUGACAUCAUAAGGGACAAAAACUUAGAGGAACUUCUUUUUGGUGUGUUCUGUGAACCUGAUGAAGGCAAAGAUGAGGUCUUACAGGAUAUAAAGAGACACUCUGACAAUAUCACAAUAAUCUUUGAUGGGAUCACAGAUCUCUCCUCACAGGUGGUCAAGAAAGUUUUAACAAAGAAACUACUUCCUCUUGCAAAGAUCAUCAUAACAUGCAGACCAGAUAAUGAAGACUUGUUUUCUGGGGACUUUCACAAAGUGGAGGUGAAAGGCUUUAGUGAGCAGACUAUUAAAACAUACUUGUCUGCAACACUCGGUGAAGAUCAGAAGAAGGUUUUGAGUAACUUGGAGUUGGUAACUCUUUGUCAUGUCCCCAUGUAUGCACUGAUGGUCACUGUUUGCUUUUCAUCAAAAGAUGCUCCACAGCCAUGUACAGUAACUGAGAUAUACAUCAAUAUUGUUCGAUUCUGCCUUCAGAUAAACAGCCAAAAAACGAACGAAGAUCUAAAUUCCUUCAUCAAAACCAAGAGAGAAGAAAUUCUGUCUCUGGCUGAAGCUGCUUUUCUUGCAACCCAACAAAAAACUGUGAACCUGACAGACCUGACCUGUAAAGACAUCUGUGUCCUGUCCUUCCUGAAACCACUUCUCAUUAAGGAGGCCGUGACUGAAACAAUAACCACAUGUGGUCACUCAGUCAAAGGAAAGGAAAAUAAGGCUGAACCUCGAGGACGUGAUCAUAUCAGAACAAGGAAUGAGACAGCUGUUUGAAUGCUUUAAAAAUGUUCAGGGGUCUGGCCCUCUGCCUCGACAGCUUUGGGAGAUUUUUCUUAUCAAUGAAGAGCAGAUGAACUUUGUAAGCUUAUUCAUCCUAGAUGGAAACCUUCACCUUCUAGUUAAUGCUGAAAAGAAGCUUUUUGAAAGAGCUGUGGAAAUCAUGCAGAGGAUGCCUACAAAGGUUAAUGUGUGCCUCCGCUGGGACAAGGAAACUCCUGCCUGUCACAGUCAGUGUGAGUCUCUGUUAAAGGCUUUGCCGUUCAUCAGCUCACUCAGGUAUGUAGCUUUUGCUUUCAAACAAUUAUAACUGUUAAAAUGAAAAAAAAAAAAAGAAGGUUUGACUUAUUUUAUGGCUGGAAAAAUCGAGUGAUACUAAAAAGGAACAGCUGAAGGGGCAUUUUGCAACUUUGUGAGGGCACUUAUAAUUAAGAAUAAUCCAGAAAUGUCUCUGCACGAAAAACAAGGCUGAAAAUCAAUAUUGGAUGCUUGUGAUCUUUGAACCAUCAGGCCACAAACAGGCCCACUUCUGCCAUGAAAAUCACUGCAUGAGCUCAGGAACACUUCCACAAAUCACUGUCUUUGAACACAGUUCACCUUGUCAGUUAUCCAGGUCAUCGUACAACGUUUCACCUCUCAUCCGAGAAGCUUCUUCAGUUCUAGGGUCGAAUGGCAGAGAGUCCCAGAUUUAAACCCAGUGGGAGUAUCCCCUCGAGAGGGACAGUGGACCCCCUGGUGAUCCUCUACCUAAUCACAUGAGCCAAGGUGUGAAAACCGGUGUAGGUCACAAUCAGCCAGGGUUUCGGGUGAGUUCAUUGUG